AGAAGAUCAAGAGGGAAGAGGAAUGGGCAUUGGCCAAGUAACAGGAAGCUGAAGCUGCUAAGCAGAAGAGCGUUGAGACCCGCAAGCUUAUCUUCAAGAGAGCUGAGCAGUAUCGUGGAGGAUCUGAUCCACGAGAUCAUGACCGUUGGACCUCACUUCAAAGAAGCCAACAACUUCCUUUGGCCGUUCCAGUUGAAGGCACCACUCGGUGGACUUAAGAAGAAGAGGAACCACUAUGUUGAAGGUGGUGAUGCCGGAAACAGGGAGAAUUUCAUCAACGAGCUUGUCAGGAGGAUGAAUUGAUUAUGAUGAUAUAGCUUCCUUCUUUAUCUUUCCCCAUUUCAUAAAUUUUUGGUUGAAUCUCAGUUUUCUUUUUUUUUCUUCCUCAUAUUAGAGAGACCAAUGUGAUCUUUUUCGGAGAUUAGGCUUUGAUUAGUUUGCUCUUUUUGCCAA